GACAUUAGAAAGUAGUUGCAGAGGAAAAAUGAACCAAUUGCUAUCAUGGCUCGGCUUGGAAAUUUUCUAUUUUUUAUUGCACUGUUAUAUUUUACAGAAAUUUUCUCGAACGUAAUGUUACAGACUGAUGAAGAAAAAGAAAUUUAUGAAUGCGUUAAGCGGCAACUAUGUGAAUGUGAAGGUGGUGCAGACAAUUAUAAGAGAUGCUACUCAUACCUGAAAGAAGAGACUUCUCAGUGGUUUAUUGGAGAAGUCAACAAGUGUAAUAUGGGCACAUUCACUAGUUUCGAUGACUUGGUUAGAAGCAUCUGUGGAGAACAUAUUGAAGAAAUUCACGAUUGUUUCAUAAAGACGGAACGAAAAGUAGAGAAGAGAAUGGAGGAGGCGAGCAAAAAUCCAAUGAAACACGACGAAUUCGUUGGACUUCAGUCAUGUAGAAACUGCUGUCUGCCUAACCUGUCGAUGUGUGUCGACAACCCAGAUGACUGUUUGUAAAGUAUGUUUACAUCUGCAUCU